UGGUUGAAGCCUAUUCACAACUGGUUGGGAAUAGGGUCCGCCUACUAAUAAUAGUAUAGACUUCAAACGGGAAAUACCGAUAAAGACGGAUCUGAUAAAUCUAGAUCUAGAUCUAGAUUUGUAAAUAUGUGUAAAUAGAUCUAGAUCUAUUAACUAUCUCAUAUUAUUUUUUUUUCGACAUUCCAUGAGUCAUGACUUUUAUUUGAAAACAUUGCAAGGCCAUCAUAAGUACUAAGCAGAACUACUUUACUUAAACUACUCACUGAGAUGCCUCUUUUUAUUGAUGGUGACAGAGUGAAAUCUGUUAAUAUUGAUAAUUUUUUUGCCAAAUUUCCUGCUUUCAAGGACUCGUCAAUGCCCUAUCUCCAGAAAACACCAAAAGUUAUAGAACCUAGAGGACUUUUAUACAUUGGCCAAAGAGAAGUUGGUGGGACAUCUCCUAAAGACCCUGCUAUAUCAAUAUUGGGUUCUGAAGAUGCUACAACUUGCCACAUUGCUAUUCUUAGACAUACAGGUUCAGGAGCCACUAGCUUAAUACAUUUUGAUGGCUGCUGUGUUCGACAGGGACUUGAUUCCAUGGUGAAGAUAGUCAAAGAUUUGACUGAAGAUAUGUCAACUGGAAGAUUAGAAAUGCAUCUGUUUGGAGGUUUCUCUGAUGAAAGAAAAAACUCGCACAAAGUUUCAAAUGAUAUAUUUCGUGCACUGAGUGACUGCUUGCAUAACAUUUAUUUAGUGACAGCCUGUAUAAUUAAUUACAACACAGUGUAUAAAAAAGAUAACAAACCAUUCCCUGUGAUCUAUGGAGUAGCUGUAAAUGUUGCUACUGGUGAGAUUUUCCCAGCAACUUUUCCAGACAAAGGUCCAGAUUAUGAUGUAAGAUGUGCUCGUCAUUUUACUGGCAGCAAAGAGAAUUUAAUAAUUUAUGAUUACAGAAGAAAUGAACUAACUAUUGGACCAUUUCAGUAUACAAAAAUGUCUCAAGUUGAUAUGUACCUUUCACUUUCAGAUGAACAAUUAAAAAGGUUUUUGUCCACAUCCCCGGAUCAAGAACCCGAAGACUUUGUACAAAAUGUGAGAGCUUCUCUUAUCUGUAUUAGAGACUGCCCUAACCCAAUGAAAACAAUUUUCCAUGGCAGACCUAGACGGUACAAUAAAGAUUCUAGCACAGGAGAAUGGAAAUUAAUACAAGACUAAAAACAAUACAAGUAGUGUUUGAAAGUGAGUAAUGUAAAGUGUAUGUAAAAGUCACUGGUAAAAAAAAAAGAAAAACAGUUAUAAGAAACAUCCAAUGCUUUUAAAAUGUUAUUUGUAAAAGUUUUAUAACUUUUAUUGAAUCAUAUGUCCAUGAUUUUUAUUCAAUCUGCUGUAUUUAUUGAUCGCAUUGAUAUAUCUAUGAUUUUUUUUCAAUCCACUGUAUUUAUUGAUCGCGUUGAUAUAUCUAUGAUUUGUAUUCAGUCUGUUGUAUUUAUUGAAUACAUAGAUAUGUCCAUGAUUUGAUUUGGUAUGCUGCUCCAAUGCAGUAUCAUCUUUUUGUUGCACUAUUUUAUUUAACAUAUCAAAAAAAAAACUGUCCAUAUUGUAGUAAAUAUUGAGAAAGUGCAUUGUAAAUAUACUGACUUUUGUUAAAUAACUCAUUUUGUAACUUUACAGUGAUAGUGUCAAAACUUUUUAUUUUAUUAUUAAAAUCUCUGUAACAGUUUUCAUGGCAUUCAAAUGCCACACAGCAUCUGAAAUGAAGAAACUUUGUAACUCAUUGUCCAGCCAUUCAUUCAUUUUAUGAAUAAACUAAUACCCUUUACAUACAUUGUAAGUCUAUAUUUUCAAACACAUUAAAACAAUUAUACACUCUAUAAAACAAUGAUAACAACAAGUAAUUAGUACAGUUAUGAAUGGUCCCCACUUCCAAAGAGGUGACAAAGUCAGACAGUAUACACUCACCUGCAUGUCUCUUCAAACAAAACUCUCAUCUAGGAUUGUUGGACACUUAGGAGUAGCAUGCUAUUUUGUUCCCAAUGUUUUUAUCAACUCACCCUGUCUGUCUGGGUGGACUCUUGUACACGUUAUUUCUCACACUUCCCAUUCUCUGAUCAAGUUUAAACUUUGCACAAUAAUUAAAAAAUUAACGAAUUAGUCAUAAUAAAUUGUGUAUUAUUUAGAAAAUGUACUAAGCUUAGGGGAGAUAAUUGUGUAGAGAAUUAGGUCUUAAUUGUAAACUAAUAAUAGUCUAUAAAAACCUUCUAAUUUAUAAGUACUAGCAUGUCGGCCUUCUAUCAUGGAGGCAUGAUAUUGAGCUUGAAUUCAGACUCUAGCAACUUUUCUAUUCUACCCCCCCCCCUCCCAAAUGUUCCACAAAAGUGAUUGAACCUUAGCGCACUGAGCAUGUUAUAAGCAUGAAAGUUGCCUUAAAAAAAAAAUUUUUUUUUAUUUUUAUUUAAAAAUUAUUAAAUAUAUUUAUAACAAAUUUAUUGUUAUUUUAGAUAUGUUAAAAAUUAAUUACAUGGUGGAAUUUCACUCAAUGUAAGUUUUUGUUUUUUAAAAAGUAUUUUUUAAUCCUUUCUGGUUUUUGUUCCCCAAAUAUCUUGAGUUAUAUGCAUUAGUACCUCAACAUCAAUGUCUCAUCUAAUCAGAAAUGUUGGAUAUACCACCUUUUUAAAAACUGCAUGAGGGCACAUUUUUCCGUCAUAAAUAAGACAAUUUUUAAGAAUUUGAUCUCAGUAGUGAUAAACGAUAAAUUACUGACAAGCUACAAAUAAAGUGUAUGUGAAAAUUUUUUUUUAGAAUGAUCUAUUCCUUCAAAAAAGAAGACAUAGUCCUAUCCCUUUCUAGGUUUUUACAGAUAUAAAAAGUCUCAACCACAAUGUGUUUGCUUUCAUUUUGGCUUACAAGUGUGUAUGUCUCAUCAUUUAAAACAGAAUAAUAUAAGUUCUUUCAUAGACUCAUGCAAAUCCUCUCCUUUUCAUUACCAUUCUAUGUAUUUGCAAUAUUCAGAGACCAACUAAAGCAUUGAUCAAAGAUUUUAUGUUUGGACUAACAAAGUAAGGAAUUAUUUGACACUCUACUUUGAGUUGUACAAUGAAGAGGUUGAUCGAAUCAAUCUGUCCUCCAGGGCUAACCAUAAGAAAUGAGCUUCAUAUUUGAUGGUUGUAGAGGCCAGCCAUAAUGUACAUUUUAGCAACUUUAAUAUUUACUUGACAUUCUCUCCACUGAAACGUAUUCUUACACUGUAAACAUGAGUUGUCUGCUUUUUUCUGUACUGCUGAGAGUUCAACUGUGAUAGAGCAGAUCUUCAGUUUGUUUUCAGGUUUUGCAAGUUAUCAGUAACAAGUUUGAUAUUGCAAACCUUCCACUCCACAGGAAACAUUUCUUUUUAUCAUGAAAUAUUUUAUUUGUAAAUUAUACAGCCUAUUUCUAAAGUGUGCUACCUUAACAUAUAUGAAUAAAAAAAAGUGUUUCUUUAAAUUUA